UUUUCCCAUCAGAGCUACUGUCAGCACCCCAAAGAUGAGCAACAACGACUUCAACGCCGCCGCCUCCACCCUCACCGCCGCUGCUGCCGCCCCGCCCGUCGUCGCCACCAUGCCUUCGCACACCUCCUCCGCCGACAUCUCGUGGUCAUCUCUCCUUGCUUCGUCCCCAGAGAGCGACAACAAUGCGGGCCUGCAAAAUCUGGCUGCUCUAGCCACAGAAGGAUUCAGGCACCGCGCUCAUCACGACCUGGCUUGGCGCAUGGAGCACAUGUGUGUCUUCAUGCCGGACUGGAGGGGCAUCUUAUACGACGACGAGGUCGAAUACUACGACGAGCAGUAUGGGCACUUCAUCAUCUCUCCCGCCUGGACGCACAUCGGCCUCACCGACGAGAAUGGCAUCGUGCGCAUUCCUGGCGCCCUCGACGGACGUUCGGCCACCCUCAAUGCGCUGCGGGACUGGCUCUUGGUCAGCGAGGACCACGAUGGUCAUCUCGCCUGGCUUGAGCUUCACGAGGAGGUGGAACAGGCUCCCUACACGUACGGUGACCUUCUCGACGGCAUCCCCUCCGCAGACUGGGCAGCCCAUCAGGCGGCCUACAUGUCGUUCGUGGAGAGCGACGAGAGGGGAAGGGAUCCCAGCAGCGGGGGUGUGGAGAUGGUGGAGGAGGAGGAGAAGGAGGUGGAGGAGGACAGCGGCAGCGACGAAGAGCUGGUCGACGACUGGGGCAGUUCGGAGUGGUGGAGAGGAACUGGAUGGUCGAGCGACAUUGAGCGAGAAAACUGGUGGGGCUGUCAGUGA